CCCGUGCCAAUCACAGCCGCGUGUGCCCUGUGUGGUUCCUGUUGUCCGGUUCAGCCGGUGAGGUGAGGAUGACAGGAUGUUCGCGGAACGACAGCGACAACAUGAAGCUCGAAUUGGCCGAAACCCGUGCCAAUCACAGCCGCGUGUGCCCUGUGUGGUUCCUGUUGUCCGGUUCAGCCGGUGAGGUGAGGAUGACAGGAUGUUUGCGGAACGACAGCGACAACAUGAAGCUCGAACACCUGGAAUGUAAAAACUAAAAAAAAAACAAGAGUCCGAAUUCAACCAUGAAACUCGUCACCGUGGCCUUUUACGGGUUCGCUGUGGGGCUUCUGGCGGUCGGCCUGCGGGAGUUGCUGACGGGCUUCGAGGAGAACCGAUGCAGCAUGACCUACAUGUUUGAGGACCCGGAGUACCGGCGUGUGGCUCUGCCUCGCCGGGUGGCCCGGCUGUACCCGGCGUACGGCCUCUACCUGUACGGGGAGGGCCUGUACGCCCAGGAGACCCAAGCGCUCAAACUCACCGGCGCCCCUGUGCUCUUCCUGCCUGGAAACGCAGGCAGCCACAAACAAGCUCGCUCCCUGGGCUCGGUGGCCUUGAGGAAGGCGGAGAAUAUGGAGGGCGGCCUCCACUUCAACGUGUUCACCGUGGACUUCAACGAGGAGCUGGUGGCGCUGUACGGCGGCAGCCUGCUGCGCCAGACGCACUUCCUGCACGAGAGCAUCAGGGCCAUCCUGAUGCUCUACAAGCACCUGAAGAGCCCGCCUCAGAGUGUGGUGCUUGUUGGUCACUCCAUGGGCGGAGUGGUGGCCCGGGCGCUCUUCACGCUGCCCCGGUUCAACACCAACCUGGUCAACCUCAUCAUCACCCAGGCCUCGCCCCACCUGGCCCCGGUGCUGGCCCUGGACCCGUACCUGCUGGAUUUCUACUCGGCAGUGAGGCACAAGUGGGUGAACCAGGCGGAAAAGCUCAGGAAUGUCACGGUUCUGUCCGUCGGGGGCGGUUACCGUGACUACCAGGUGCGCUCCGGCCUGACGUCCCUGCCUUGCACCCCAAGAGACCCCAAUAAGUUGUCCCUCGUGGCAACUGCCGUUCCCAGGACCUGGGUGUCCACUGACCAUCUGUCCAUCGUCUGGUGCAAAGAGCUCGUCCUCGCUACCGUCAGGGCGUUCUUCGACCUCCUCGAUCCUGAAACCAGACAGUUCACAGUGAACCCAGAGAAGAAAUUGGCUGUCCUAAAGCACCACUUCAUCAGACACCCGGUCUGGAUGCCGGGAGAAACCCAAGACUCCUCCAUCUCCAUCUUAGAUGCUCCUGCCGCAUGGAGUAAGGUUAACACCCUGCGUCUGGCUUACAGCACACCGAAGGAAGGACAGGUCAAAUACUUCCAGUUCGCCCUGUCCAGUCGCAGGACGGCCUACAGCCACUUCUACUGCCGGAGCAACAACCUGGAGAUGACGAGCUGGGUGUACGGCUGCAUGCACAAGGACGGUUCUUCGUGUGUGCGUGCGGUGGACCUGUCCAUGGGAACGGAGCUGCUGCCGCCCUACAAGAUCCUGAUCCUGAGUCUCAGUGACUUGUCUGCAGUCACUCAUCUGGUUGUUUCGGCCUCCAACCUCAACGGCAAUCAGUUCACGGUGGAAUGCGAGUGGCAGAGACAAGAAUCCCAGACUCAGUCCGUCCCGGUGCCGCAUGUCCUGUCCUUUGGUUUGACUGCCGGCGAUGUUUCGGUCAACUCCUCUGGACUUCUGCACAUCAUCCAGCUGCAGCACUUCCACCAGGUUUAUCAGGCUUUCAGAAUUAGUGUCGCAAGCCAGUGCAAAGUAAAUAAAGAUCGGCUGCCCGGCGUGUACAGGGUACAUGUGCCGUGGUUUCGAGAGGACUCUUUGACCACAGCCAGUGUGCCGUCAGUGACGGAGAUCUCAGGGAUGCUCCACACAAGUCGUCCAGACAACACCUCAGCUGUGCUCCUUCAGCUCCACACUGCCCCCAACUGCCAGUACAAGGUGUCCGUCAGGACGUCAUUACCCAGGGUGCUGGGACAGAUCCUACGGUUCUGUGGUCCCAUGGUGCCGGUGUACACGGCUGUAACGCUGCUCCAGGCCUGCGGGGGGCAGCUGUCAUCCAUCCUGAAGUCCGGGCGAGCCGCACAAAUGAGCGAGGUGGUGGCUAAAGGCCUGCAGCCUCAUAAAGUCAAUCUGCCCGUGUAUACUCUGCACAUUUUACUCGGCUGCAGUUGGUUUCAAGAGGUCUGGUCAUUUCUUUACCUGCCCCCUAUGGACGCCCUCCCCCCAGCCCACCCUGAUAACGGGUCUCUGGAGGGUCCAGCGUCGGUGGAAGAGUGGCCCCUCCUCCUGUCCCCUCUCCUUUACAUCUUGGGGGCAGCCGUGGCCUACUGGGGCAGCGCACUGUUCCGGCUCCUCAUGCGACUCAUCUCUCUGCUAUUGGCUCCGUUCCACAGACCAUCCGUCUCCAGAGACUGCGGCACCCUGCAGCUCCGGACCCAGCUCCUCAUCACGCUGUGCCUGACUGUCACGGGGGCGGUGUCCUGCGGGGCGCUGGCCAUCUUCGCUGCCUUUCUGCUCCACCUUUACCGGUUACUGAGGCUGCAGAUGACGGAUAGAUCCCUGAGUCACAUGUUGAAUCUGGCCCCCCGGAAGCACACCGACGCCGAGAACGGCAGCGCGGUCGCUGAGGAGUCCCCGAGCCAGCCCACCGAAUGCACCGGCGCCCCCCUGCUGUCUGAGUGUGCUCUGCAGGAGGUGAGGGACGACCUGCAGCUCCACCUCUGCCUCUCGGCGCUCCUCGCGCUCCCCGUCAUGCUCGUCACGCCCUCGCUGCUCCACUGGCUAUGCAACCUCAGGUAUUCUGCCCAGCUGGAUCCUGACCCCUGCUGGCCCUGCAGCGUGCCGCUCGUCAUCGUGUUCAUCCUGCUGAUUAACUGCAACACUUUGAAACUCGGCACCAGUAAACUCCUGCCUCUGGCGUCCUGCCUCCCCCUGCCCAUGUCCGUCGCCAUGGUGACCUUCUCUCCGCUCCACCUCUACAGAGUGGCCUACUUCCUGCUGGCGGCGCUCGUCCCUCUGGCCUUGUGCUGCCUGCUCUGACGCCGUCGGUCCCGUCUCAGUCCGCAGCUCGACCGCCGUAACAAGCCUUUCUCUAAAUCACACCCCCGAACCCGCCGCCGCGGAGCCGCAGACGUACACAGCUUGGGGAACGGUGCGCUCGAUGUUGGCACUAAAAGCUCCUUGGCAAUUACAAACAAUGUUUUUUUGGAACGAGAGGAUGCAACGGCCUCGGACCGUUUGACGUGAAUACGGCUCUGAAGGACUGACCUGAAACCUAUUUGCCUUACUCUGUAUCUCUAGAGCCUUCAAGGAGGAGCAGCUACCCCACAACCAGUGAAGCUCCUGAUACCAGAGAUCCUUAGCAGGGUGUUACUUUUCAAAUGACUUUUGUUUCUCCCUUUGUUGUUGUUGUGGUCUCCAGUGUUGUUGUUCACUGCCCUGUGAGCUCCUCCUGCUUCGACUCCUCGCCGCGCGUUGUCUUUACCCUGUGACCGACACACAGCCGGUGGCAGGGGCGCACACUCGCUCCACGAGGACACGCCCACAGUUACCAUGUUUGCAUUCUGCCGGGUUCACCUUUUUGAUACGGAGCAAUGAGCUCUAAUCUGUUAGAAGAAGAAGAAAAAGAAGAUGAAGAACAAAGAGGAGGAGGAGGUUAUGAUCUGCUCCAUGUUCUCUAAACACGACGCCGUAGUGACGGGGUGGCCGGGCUGCGGGCCGCAUGCAUCCCGGUGUGGCACGUCAAUUUGUAUCUUGGUUAGUUUUAGUUUUUGUUCUCGUGGAUCCGCCUUGCUGGAGGAGGGCUGCGCUGACUGGCUGGAAGCUUCGCUAGCAUGACGGAUUAUUUUUGAUACAUUACAUUUAUACAACCACAACAACAGAAACAAAUCUGUAAACAAAAAAAUAUGAGGUCAAGUAAUUUGAGCUUUAUUCGAACACCUCAAGAGGAGUUUUGAAUGCAACUCCUGCGAGGCCACGCCUUCUCCUGAGGCCACGCCAGGGACACAGCGACUGUUAAAUGAGCAGCAUGCUCAGGGCGUCUCUAAAAACAUGCACCCGAUAGUCUUCUGGUCAGAAAUAAUAGCGAUUUUUAUUUAUUUAUUUUCACUGAAGAAUUAGAAGCCAAAUAAGCAUUUUUUCAUAAUUCUGAAACUCCUACAUUGGCGUCUUGCCAAAGCCUCGUUCUCUCCAUCAAAAAGGACCCCCCCCCCCCUCAUGGGUGGGGGCGUGACAUUGUCCGAUAGCUGGGAGAAGUCGUGUUCCUACGCGUCACGAUGACGUCCGUGCUCGUAACGCGUAAACAUCCAUCGCGACGUGUCGACCCCUUUGAGACGCGUCGCGGUUUAUUGUUUUUAGCGGCGUUGAGUCGCAGCGUGCCGGCCGCACACAGGUGUGCACAGGUGAAAUAUGAUCAAGCCCAAAGUUAACGAGGUGAUUUAGGAGAUAUAACUAUGCUAAAGAGAGCAGCCGGCUCCAGGGAACGGGGCGAGGAGCCGAUGGUCAACGUGUUACGGUCGGGUCCCUGGGGGUCAUCACCACGCUCUCCGGUGACUCUGGUGCAGCCGGAUUCAUGUUCAGUGGAGGAUUAUGGGAUGUCUGAUUAUUGCAGCAGAUCCUCAGGAUGUCAAGCUUUGAAACAAAAAUGUUUUGCUUCAGUUGAUGUGUCUUGUGUUUGAUAGUUAUUGGUUUAUUGAUUAUUGAGGCACUGAUCCUCGCUGCAGGUGUACAGGACCUGGGACCAAGGACACCACCGUAUGUCUUACUUUUGCUUUUAAAGACCUUUUCAUAACGGACGGAUCACAAAACAUCUGGUCUGGGUUUUAUUGUAUAAUCGUGAUGCCAAAUAUGUGGGUUAUUUCAUGUCCCUUGAGAUGAUGGAGAAGAAGUUUCGAGCGACACGGUACUUGAUAAGAACACAAAGUUUAUUCUAUAAGGUACGUGCCGAAGACAGACAUCUAGAAUGACUGGAAACUUUCAGGGUCCGGAUGAGAAAGUUCAAUGGUUUAUCAUCUUGUCACGGGUUAUAUAGACAGAGGAAAGAGGAGGCGUCAUGUUCGAAUCUAUGGGCUGGCGAUGGUUUCAAGCGGGCUUCUAGCCCCCCCUACUAUGAUCUCAUGCUACCUAAUGUAAACCAUCUGGUCCAGCUCUAAGCAAUGGUAUUCUAUACCAUGGACACCUUGUGGGCCUCUGGAAUCUUUAAGAGCUGUAAUGCAAAAUACACGACAUAUACCUCCCUUCGAGAGUUAAUAAACUCUCGACAACAAACAAACAACCAAUGCAAACAUACAGGUGUAUUAUCAUGACAAAAAUACCACCCCGUCCUACAGUAAAGUUCUAACAUUACUGUGACUGUAUGAAGUGUAACAGUGGUGUAAAAUGAAGUAUUUAUAUGUGAAAUUGAAAAACCUGU